AGCUGAGAUCUGCGGUCUCCAGUUGGGAACGCACAUGCAAAGCUGUUCUGAAGCCGCUGGUCUCAUCAGCAGAUCCCAGAUGAGACUUGGGUGAGGGCUGUGAUCUCCUGCACGGUUCACUUCCCUUAGGACGCAACGCUCACACGUCACAGCAGCUCCAGACCCUGCUGCUACCGGAAAGUUACAGGCACAGGAACCGUGAAGACCAGCGCGGCCCAGCAACCGCGGCUCUUGUAAAAUCCACAGAUAUUUCUUAAAAAAAAAAAAAUCUCAAACCUGAGGUUACGGUGUAUUUUUAACCAACAAAGUGAGGGGAAGAGAAAAACACUGUCAUCAGGAACCCAGCUCUGGAGAAUCGAGGAAAGUUCUUCCCAGGAUGGUCUCCCACUCAGAGCUGAGGGAACUCCUCUGUUCAGCCGAUGCAGUGUGCUUUGAUGUCGAUAGCACAGUCAUCCAAGAAGAAGGAAUUGAUGAGCUGGCCAAAUUCUGUGGUGUGGAGGCUGCUGUGUCUGAAAUGACUCGGAGAGCCAUGGGAGGGGCAUUGCCUUUCAGAGAUGCGCUCACUGAACGCCUGGCACUGAUCCAGCCCUCCAGGGAGCAGGUGCAAAGGCUUCUAGCGGAGCACCCCCCACACCUGACCCCCGGCAUAAGGGAGCUUGUAAGUCGCCUACAGGAGCGAAAUGUUCAGGUGUUCCUUAUAUCUGGUGGCUUUAGGAGUAUUGUGGAGCAUGUGGCUGCUAAGCUCAAUAUCCCAACGACCAACGUAUUUGCCAAUAGGCUGAAAUUCUACUUUAAUGGUGAAUAUGCAGGUUUUGAUGAGAUGCAGCCAACAGCCGAGUCAGGUGGGAAAGGAAAAGUUAUUCGAAUUUUAAAGGAAAAGUUUCACUUUAAGAAAAUAAUCAUGAUUGGAGAUGGAGCUACAGACAUGGAAGCCUGCCCUCCUGCUGAUGCUUUCAUUGGAUUUGGAGGAAAUGUGAUCAGGCAACAAGUAAAGAGCAAUGCCAAGUGGUACAUCACUGACUUUGUUGAGCUGCUAGGAGAACUGGAAGAAUGAUGUCAACUUCUUGUUUACUCAGAACAACUCCAAUUUCUGGAAGUUACACAGUUAGGCUCCUGGGAGAGCCCAGGAGAUAGCUAGUUUUUUUUUUUUGUUUGUUUGUUUUUUUUUUUUUUCUACUGUAACUCCAAUAUUAAUAAGACUACUAAUUUCCUGGAGAGUUUUAUAUUCUGAAUUCUUUGUGUAUGUUCCUACCUAUAUCUUACCUGGAGCUUUCCGAGGUGCAUAGUAAAUUAAGCUUUUACUGUUGCAACAUGGAUUCAGUAGCCUUAGUGAAUAUUGGGUUUCUCUCUGGAAUAAAUAAAAUGUUUGUAGCCAG